GCCGUCUGCAGAACAGACCGCGCUGUUCGCCUCACACAUUGAACACUGGCAGUCAGCGCCGCAACGAAUGGAGUCUAUCGGGUGGACGAGGCAUCACCGAGGGGGUUCUUCGCUGUUGAAUUAGCCUUCCCACGCGCGCAGAGAGGAUUUAAAUCCAACAUUAACAGAAGAAAGAGAAAAAAAACACUUAAUUAAAAAAGAAAAAGUCGAAACGCGUCUUUUUGUCCCUCCUGAACGGAUCGAUCGCCUGUCAUUUAAAAAAAGGGCGUGUGUGCGGAGUGGAGCCAGGUUGAACCAUUGAAUGUGGGCACACACUGUGUUCUAGAUAUUUGUUACACCAUCAGGGUCUGAAGGAAGGACACAGUCCAAGAUGGGAUGCACGCUGAGCACAGAGGACAAGGCGGCGGUGGAGCGCAGCAAGAUGAUCGACAGGAACCUGCGGGACGACGGGGAGAAGGCGGCCCGGGAGGUCAAGCUGCUGCUGCUGGGUGCUGGAGAAUCGGGGAAGAGUACGAUUGUCAAGCAGAUGAAGAUUAUCCACGAGGCGGGAUACUCAGAAGAAGAAUGUAAGCAGUACAAGGCUGUGGUCUACAGCAACACCAUACAGUCCAUCAUCGCCAUCAUCAGAGCCAUGGGGCGCCUCAAGAUCGACUUUGGGGAUGCUGCGAGAGCUGACGACGCACGGCAGCUGUUUGUGCUGGCGGGCUCUGCAGAGGAAGGCUUCAUGACCGGAGAGCUGGCCGGCGUCAUCAAGCGGCUGUGGAAGGACGGAGGCGUUCAAGCCUGCUUCAGCCGCUCCCGAGAAUAUCAGCUCAACGACUCGGCGGCAUACUACCUGAACGAUCUGGACAGGAUAUCCCAGGCCACCUACAUCCCGACCCAGCAGGAUGUCCUGAGGACCCGAGUCAAAACCACAGGCAUUGUUGAGACACACUUCACAUUCAAGGACCUGCACUUCAAAAUGUUUGAUGUUGGCGGUCAGCGGUCUGAAAGGAAGAAGUGGAUCCAUUGCUUCGAGGGCGUGACUGCCAUCAUCUUCUGCGUGGCGCUCAGCGACUAUGACCUGGUGCUGGCCGAGGACGAGGAGAUGAACCGAAUGCACGAGAGUAUGAAGCUGUUUGACAGCAUCUGUAACAACAAGUGGUUCACAGACACCUCCAUCAUCCUCUUCCUCAACAAGAAGGACCUGUUUGAGGAGAAGAUCAAGAAGAGUCCUCUUACCAUCUGCUACCCAGAAUACGCGGGCUCCAACACGUACGAGGAAGCGGCCGCCUACAUCCAGUGUCAGUUCGAGGACCUGAACAAGAGGAAGGACACCAAGGAGAUCUACACCCACUUCACCUGCGCCACGGACACCAAGAAUGUGCAGUUCGUGUUCGACGCCGUCACCGACGUCAUCAUCAAGAACAACCUGAAAGACUGCGGGCUCUUCUGAGGGGAACGACUUCAAAGAUGAGAACCUUUUUUUCUAAGGCAGUGGGGCCACUUCAUGGAGCAUCUUUUUCAGCGGGGGGGAGGAGAGGAGAGGAGUCUGGAGGAUCAGUCAAGGACCAGUGCUGUACUAUACGCCACUUUUAACAGCUUUAUUUAUGUUUUUCGGUCUUGGAACAUUUUGACCUAGCGUUACGCCGUUUGUGUAGGAUGUUUGUAUCAUCGUAAAAGCAUCAGAUUUUUUAAACAUUUUACUUUUCCUUUUGUUUUAUUUUUUUUAAGAGAUCACUUUAUUCGCUGUUUCUGCCGCUGUCUCUGGAAAAGGAAACAUUUUGCUGUUGGUGGAAAACGCUUCUUUUCUUCCCUCCCUACAACAAGGGGAGAAAAGAGGUCCAACUUCGAGUCCAGUUCGUUGGUACUUGUGCCUUGGCAUGCCUUUUUACCGCGGUCGUAGUCCCAAUGCUUGUUCUGUUGCCUGCUGAAUCGUUCUAAUCAUUAAGAGGUAAACUGUUUUCAUAUGUUAAGUGUCCCUGCUAUCUUCUAUGUGCACACCACUGAGCUACCAGGAGGAGGAGGAAGGUUUCACUCUGGUCUAAAAGGUACAUGGGUCUCCAUUGUGACCGACAUGUAGCCUCCAAAGUCCCCUACCCUCCCCUCACCCAACCGCCAUGACAAUGGACGGCCUACAGGUCGAUCACGCAGUACAAUACUGAGAUGUAUAUUGUUACAUUUGCCCCAAAGAUCUGGGGUCCUGGUUUUUAAAACAGUGUACAAAAUAUCCACUCUUCCCCAACCAUUUGGUGAAUGGUGAGCUGAGGCGCUGAGCUUAUAAUAAACUCAAGUGUUCAAAGUACAAAGACAAGAGUCAGGCACAUUUUAAUGUAUAUUUUAAUGUAUUCAGAGGAGAGGUUUUGGUGUUAAGGAGAGGAACCACAAAUAAGACAGCUGUAAAGUGUGAUCGGGAUGGUCUGGAGGUUCGGUCACACUCUGGUGAAGCGAUGGUGUAAGGAGACAUGAAGCUCUUCAUUCAGGUGAUGGCAACUUCAAAUGGUUAAGGGAGCCUGGUCUGUGGUUUUUAGAUCAGCAAUACUUUGCCAAGAGGAGUCGUAUAUGUGGUCCUGGAUCUGUUCAUAUAACGAAACUGCCACAACUGUCAAUGUAUGUGUAUGUUCUCCACAGACGGAGAACCUUUGUAGACUCAUCUCCCUUAUUUUGCUAAUAAAAACCAUUUACAAACCA